AUACAAUAAUCGAUGUAAGUGUACUUGUAACGCCAGCGCCCUCUUUUACGCCUUGUUCCCUCUGUUUCUGUCCAUAGAGCGCGGGCGGCGAGUCUCGAUUCUCGCUACUCGCGCGCACCAGCUCCUUUUUUUAUUUGAGGAAGGAGGGGAGUCGUUUGGGCGCAUGUCGCCGUCGCGAUACUUCGUAGUCGGAUCGACAACUUUCACCGAUAUUUUCUUACAAUUGCAUUUUUACAUUCCUAAUGAUAGUUCUUUCAUUCGAUUAAAGUAACUCUAAGUGGUUGAUCGUCGGCCGAUAAUACGGCAUAACUUUAUGCAAAUGGCGGCACGUCUUUUAAAAGAUCCAGCUACUGCUGGAAGUAGGAUAUUUGUAGGACAUUUACAAACAGAAGAUAUGAACCGCAAUGAGCUUGAAGAGCAUUUUUCAAAGUAUGGAACCGUCGUAGGUUCUUUAUUGAACAGAGGAUUUGGAUUUGUACAGUUCGACGAUGAACAAGCUGCACAGAAUGCCAUUAAAAACGAAAAUGGAUCUAUGUUCAAAGGCAGACGAAUUGAUGUCAAACCUGCUAAGAAAGAAGGGACAAGUAAUGCCGGAGGAGGAGGAGGAGGAGGAGGAGGAGGAGGAUUUGGAAACGACUCCUUCAAUAGUAGUUUUGGGGGUGGAAACCAAAACUUUGGCGGAAACAAUUCAAACACCUUUGGUAACGAUAAUCAGUUCAAUAGAGGAGGUGGAGGCGGAGGUGGACCUGGAGGAAACAACUCCUUUAAUGAUCAAGACGAUUCAUUCGGUGGACCUCACAGUAAUGAUUCAUUCAAUCCCAAUAAAAAUAAUGGUCCACCAUUUGGUGGUAAUCGACAAGGAGGACCAGGGCCAGGUGGACCAGGAGGUCCAGGGGGACCAGGAGGCCUUGGGGGUCCAAACAGAAAUCAGAACAACCAGAAUCAAGGGGGACAAAAUCAGGGUGGACCUGGAAGAGGUAGAGGACAGAGAGGAGGAAAAAAUCGAAAAAAUCGAGACAAUUCUAUGGGCGAUCGCAUGGGAGGAAAUAAUAUGGAUGAUAGGAUGUCCGAUCCAUUCGGUGAUCGGAUGGGCGGCGGAGGCAUGGGUGGUGGAGGCAUGGGCGGUGGAGGCAUGGGUGGCGGAGGCAUGGGCGGCGGAGGAAUGGGCGGCGGAGGCAUGGGUGGCGGAGGCAUAGGCGGCGGAGGCAUGGGAGGCGGAGGUAUGGGAGGUAUGGGAGGCAUGGGAGGCAUUGGAGAUCGUAUGGGUAGUGGUAUGGGAGAUCGUAUAGGUGGAGGUAUGGGAGACCGUAUGGGAGGAAUGGGUGACUCUAUGGGAGGAGGUCUUGGUUCAAGCUUAGGAUCGAGCUUUCGCUCAGGUUUGGGUGCAAAUUUGAACAACAGCUUGGGAGGAAUCAGCAGUAGUUUAGGUAGUGGUCUAGGUGGAAAUUUAGGCGGAGGAAUGGGCGGUAGCUUAGGCGGCGGUGGUCUUGGCAUGGGUAGUAGCUUGGGAAGUAGUUUUCGGGACAGAAGCCCUCUUGGAAGAGCAGGACGAUUAGACGAUAAACCCUUAUCAAAUUGGGAUCUUGGUAACAAGCCUGGCGGAGGCGGUCCCGGUGGUCCUGGUGGUCCUGGUGGUUCUGGCGGUCCUGGUGGACGUGGAGGAUUUAGUGGAGGAUUCAAUGAGGGAUUCGGCGAUCACAAAAGUCGCUUUGAUGACUUUAAAGGACCUGGCCCUGCUCGUGAUGUUGGUCCUGGCUUCGGACCUCCAUCAGCACCUAGUGACUAUCCUUCCAUUGCGGCAGAGAAGAACGAUUGUGAAAUAAUUGUUGUCACCAAAGCUUUAACGGAGUACGCAGAAAUCAUUGAGUCGCGAUUGAAAAAAUUAGGCUUAACUGUAGAUUUACUCUUUCCAAAUGAAGAUGUUCCAUUAACUCGAGUGCUUGGAAACAUCGCUAGUCGUGGUUGUUUAUACGCUAUUGUUGUUGCACCUACAAAUAAGGAACACCAUUCUUUAACUUUGAACAUUCUGCACGGUCUACCACAAGAACACAGAAAUAUGCCAAUUGAUGAUGCAAUUAAUUUAAUAAUGAGAGACUUCAAUAACUACAAAUCUGGUGGACGAUCUGUACCUGCCAAUAUUCCCUCAGCCCUAGAACGUCAUCCAGAUGCCAUCCAAGUUCUUCUAAAUAUGCUGGCAGACAAUCUACAGCUUACCGUGCUCCAAUAUGAAAGAGUCAUCAAAUAUCUUGAAAUGAGACGAGAAGAACAAGUACAGUUCGAAUUAGGCGAAGACGCAAAGAAUUUGGGUCCAUCUUCCUUGGUUAGUGACCCAAAACAAGCAGAAUUACAAUCGAGGAUUCUCAACAUCUUAAACAGCAAUAAGAGCAAUGCACCCGCCACUUCCACAAAUACAGUUACAACAGCUGCACCAAGUCCUGUACCUCCUCCAUCAGCAGCUUCGGCGAACGUGUCCGCUAACUCAUCUGUUUCAACUUCGAACACAGUUACACCGUCGCCCUUGUUGAACGAUCCUACGGUACAGAAAGCUCUCGAUAGUCUUUUGCAGGGCAAUUUAUUAAAAAAUAUUGGAGAUCAACCGAACCCCACGUCAUCAGCAACUCCACUCUUUGCUGCUUUUCCUAACAUGAAUCGUUUCUAAUCAACUACUUCAUUUGUGUAUUUUCAGUAUAUAUUUGUAAUGAAUUUCUAUCAUUACUUGUUUGACUUUCGAACACGUAUAUUUAACAGAUAGCUAUGAUAGCUGUGACAAUUAGCUAACUCUUUUAAUAAAUGUCAUGAUACACAUAAA